AUGGCUUUAGGCUUAAAAUACCCUGAAUAUUGGAAUCGUCCAUACUCUUCUUGGGGAUCUCUCACUGCAUGGGAAAAGUUUUUUAAAAGUCAAACACGCAAUUCAACCCAAUACAAGAAAAGCAAAGAAAGUCGCUGCUCUCCUCAAGGCUCUAGAGAAGAGCGUCCGGACAGUGAGCCUCCGCGACGUGCAUAUUUAGUAAUUGAGCUGCUACGCCUCCGUGCUGCGUGUAUGAGCGUCCGGACAGAGAAAAAAAGACGAUUAAAUUGUAAAGGAGAUGAUGACAACAUAUACGAAGUAGAGGAAUUGUGUGUCAAUAUUUGUGAGUUUCCUGCAUUACUCGGAUACUGUCAAAGUCUUGAAGAAAUGCAAGAAAAUAGCAGGCUUUUUGAGAUACCUAUGACCCCACCAACUAUUCUAAGACCUGCUCUUCAUAUUAAUGACCUCAAAGUAAUACUUAGGGAGUAUUCAGAUCUAGAAACUAACAGUAUUCUGGACGCAUUGCUUGAAAGUAAACAAAUUGAAAUCGUAGCUACUCGAUAUCAAAUCCGAAUGCGAAAGUGGUUAGAGUGGCUUGGAUUAAGACGAAAUAAUGAUGAUCACUUUUACAAUAUAGAUAUUUAUACUGCACUGUCAGCGAUCAUGUCAGUACUCUUGUACAACCCAGCUAAAUGUCGAGGUCCUGGCAGUCACCCAUCAGAAGCUCAUGUAAAGAUUCAAAUGUGGUCAAAAAUCUUAUCGGAUUCAUUUACUUUAAAUCAAGUUCGAUUUGAACCGAUCUGGAAGCUUAAUCACCUUUUUCCCGGAAGUGCCAGAGAAGGUUCUUCAAGAUCGGAUUUUGCCGCUGUAAUAUUGGACUCUAAACAAUGGCAAUUCCCUUUUUUUAUUGUGAAGUUUGAACGGCAGGGUUUUGAGGUUCACAAAGAUUUCGCUGUUGUUGUUUGCGAAGCUGUAUUUGAAUUAAACAAGAUUUUAUCAAGAACACAUGGUCUUUCACCAGCUGAAAUAACUCAAAUAAGGAUACAUGUCGGACUCAUUAACGACACAUCUAUUAACUUAGGUGCGAUUCGACCGAUAUUUAAUGAUGCUAAGACAGCGAUACUUUAUGUAUAUGAUCAGGACAUUGUAUCUUAUAACAUUCAAACAGGAUAUCGACAUAAUGAUGUUAAGAAUGUUCUUAAUCUAAUUGUAUAUUUGCGGCAAAUUGUGUGUAGUGAUGGACUAGUUAUCAAGAAUUUCCUGGAAAGAUUGCCAACUCUCUAUAAUCAAAGCAUUUUGAAGGCAAUACCAAAACACCCGGAUAGAGCAGAAAAAUCCAGGAAAGCAAGCACCAAAAUAAACCUAGGAUAA